AUGGACAGCCGGGGCUACGCCUAUGAAAAGGUGCCGUCCCAUCCAGACCCGGAGCUCCCCGCGCACACGCGAUCAUUUUCCAAGAAGAGGACACAUGGCACCACACUAUUCCACGGCCAAUGCAAGCUCGCUGGUCAUUCGAUUCGUUUGAAGUCGUACAGUUCAGGUGAUCUCGAAGCUUUGGUCAACACUGUUAACGAGGAGGAUCUCGAGGUUACGUCUCGGGCUCCAGUGCCAAUCCUUCGUUACUACAGGGCGACUGUGUCCGUGAUCAGCCAGCGGAUGCCAGAGAUUCGAGUGAAUUCCGAAGGCAGCUAUGCAAUUUCAGCGGACUUUGUUUUGGCAUCGGUGCUGCUUACUGUGUUGCUAUGCUUUAUAGGGCCCGUUUUCGUGCCUGUAGCAGUCGCUGUAUGCGUCGUGUCGGAGACCGAGCAACGACGGUGGCACGAUUGGGUGGUGCAACCUUUGCUCAUUGGUUUGGCAAUGUAUCUCUUGUGGACCAUGGGCCAAGCAGUUCACAAGAAGGAAACGUUACGCGAGUUCAGGAAUAUUCAAUACUCAAUGCUUGAGCUUUGCGGGCCGUUUCUCUGCUACUUGAUCAUCUCUCUAUCGUUCAUGGCUGAUGUGUGUCAGCGCUGCAUCGAGUUGGGUGCCGGCCAAAUGAUCUUGGACGAGAUGCAUGAAAUCAGAGAGCAGCAAGACUUCGUCUUUAAGACCAAUACUGAGACGGAAAGCAGCGCGGAGCCUGUGUCACAGGACGACCUGAACAGCCAGUUGCAGGAGCUUGCUUUCUACAUGGACAGGCAUGUUUGUGGACUCAAUCACAUUCGAUGUAGGCUGUUGCAGCAGUAUCCAAGAAAGCUCACGAGCGAGUUCAUGAAAGCCAUGAUGCGCAUGCUGGUUGUUCCAGACGACGACCCUUGUAGCAGGACUGCUGUUGCUGUUCCAGAGCCAUUACACUUUGUCUUGUCUGCAUUUGACUCGGCACGUGCCUUGUUACAACAACGGCUCCGGGAGGCGGCUCCAGAGCGUAUCCCACCGCAGUGGCUGGCCGUGUUCAUGAUCUGCGCCCUGGUUCCCGCGAUGCUUCCAACACUGCACCGAUGGCUGAAUGGCAACCAUGACAUUUUUUCAUCCAAGCAUGAUGGAGUGUGGCGUUGCCAGCGCGCAUACAUGUUCAUGAUGUUCUUUGCAUCGUGGCACCUCAUCAUCUCGUGUGCGAAUCUCAUCGACAGCUUGAGCAAGCUUCAGCUUGCCACACUUGCCAAGUUGUACAUGUCCGCACCUCGCAAGCGUCGCGCUGUGUUAGCAGACACAUACAAGCACAAUUUUGAUCACCUGGUUCUCAUCCCUAGUGAGAGCCCCGGCGAUCUCAGUCUGGAGGACGAGGCUCGCAGUGACCCGGUGCCUCUGAAAGAUGUGGAAGAUCACGAAGAGAAGAUGUUGUCCCGGACUAUUUCGCAGGGAUAUGGGCACCUGCGAUAUGUGGUGUCAGGAAGCUCCUGGCGGGUGAUGCAGCUUGAGUAUGUAUCUCAUUUGGCUUCCGAUCGCGCUGAUCGCAUCUCAGCGCCGGACAUGGAGUCUGCGGAAGCUCCGGAUGAUGAGUUGAACUCGUUUUCCUUCCUUGCAGCACGCAAGUUUUCCUUGCUGCAAUUAUUGAUGAGAGCAGAUUGUGUGGUGUUGGAGAUGAAGUCUCAAAUCAUUCUUAUGCUCUUGUCUUUGAUACUUGUGUCUUGUGGACUGAUUCUUGUCUUUUCAGUCUUCUUCCACAGCCAGCGCGGCGUCAUGCUCUUCUUCUGUUGUGUCAUGUUUCCUGUGAUUCUGAUUGUCAUCGUCACUAUCAUGAACCAGUUGGUGGUGCUGGACAAUCACCUCUUCGAAGACACGGUCAAGAUUCUGCAGUGUUGGAGAAUGCGCCUGGAGCGAUUAAGAUUCUCAGCCACUCUUCACAUCCACACCUCCGCCGAGCGAACAGCCCUGGACGGUUUCCUCAGCAGCCUCCCAGCUGUCAUUAGCUGUGCUUGUCUGUUUCCGGUAGUUGGGAUUACCUCUUCUGGGGUUCUACAGCUCGAGAUUGCUUGUGUGGUUCAGCUGGCAUGA